AUGGGAGGGCCUUGGCGUGCGGGAUGCAGGCGCGUUGCUUUCUGCCCCUGGUGGGGCAGCCAUCCUGGGUCCCCGACCAGGGCGGCGGAGAGGGUAGAGCCUUGUGUCAGGCCUCGAAGAAGUGGAAGACGAGGCUGUGAGGGGCUGGGGCGGCUCGGGACAUCGAAGCACCCGGUCGCAGCCCGUGAGCGGGCCCUGCAGCCGCCGCGGCGGCCGAGGAGCACGAGCCCUCACCGCACGCAGGAGGACUGGCGGGGGCGGAACAAGUCGGUCCUCACCUAAGUGGCCGCGGUCCCCCUUUAUCGGCUCUAUUGACAGAUGACUGGGCUUGGAGGAUCAGCAGUAGCAGGUCAUUCAUCAGACCAGAUUGAAAUGAUGAUACCCGUUAAGGAUCCUAUCAUUAAAGUCACCCUUAAUGCAGAUGUGCACGCAAAUCUCCAGUGGGACUUCAGACCUCAGCAGAGUUACAUUAGUGCCGGGAAAGACUGCACUGCGUUUUAUAAAGCUUAGAAUCCUACUAACAAGCUAAUAAUAAUCGGAAUUUCUACAUACAGUGUUGUGCCAUUUGAAGGUGGACAGUAUUGCAAUAAAAUACAGUGGUUCUGUUUUGAAGAACAAAGGCUCAAUCCACAAGAGGAAGCAGAUAUGCCAGUGUUUUUCCACAUUGAUUCUGAAUUUGCCGAAGAUCCUAAAAUGGUGACUGGUGAUCUCAUCACUCUUUCUUACACUUUUUUUGAAGCAAAGGAGAGGCACAAGUUGCCAGUUCUAGGCUGUAAGUGA